GGGCGCCCCAAGCCGCUGUGGAAGAAGGUGAUGUCCGCCACGGUGGUGGGGGUGCCUCUGCUCCUUGGCGUCCGCUACCUCAUGGCAGAGGCGCGGGAGAAGAGGAGGAUGCGGCUCAUGGUGGAGGGUGUCGGGCGCUUUAGUAGGUCCCUGAGCAUCGGCCUGCAGAUCUCCGUGGACUACUGGUGGUGCACCAAUGUUCUUCUGCGGGGUGUGGACGAGAACAGCCCGAGGUACGUGGAGGUGAUGUCUGCAUGUCAUCAGCGGGCAGCCGACGCCCUGGUGGCCGGGGCUAUCAGCAACGGGGGCCUCUACAUCAAGCUGGGCCAGGGCCUGUGCUCCUUCAACCACCUGCUGCCCCCCGAGUACAUCAGGACCCUGCACGUGCUGGAGGACAAGGCGCUCACGAGGAGCUUCCGGGAGGUGGACGAGCUGUUUCUUGAGGAUUUCCACGCGCCAGCCCAUGAGAUCUUCCAGGAGUUCGACUACCAGCCAAUAGCGGCCGCAAGCCUGGCCCAGGUGCACAGGGCCAAGCUGCAUGAUGGCACUGAUGUGGCCGUGAAGGUGCAGUACAUUGACCUGCGGGACCGGUUCGAUGGUGACAUCUAUACCCUGGAGCUGCUGCUGCGGCUCGUGGAGCUCAUGCACCCCAGCUUUGGCUUCAGCUGGGUCCUCCAGGACCUGAAGGGGACACUGGCACAGGAGCUAGACUUUGAGAACGAGGGCCACAACGCAGAGCGCUGUGCGCGGGACCUGGGGCACUGCCACUACGUCGUGGUGCCACGCGUGCACUGGGACAAGACCAGCAAGCGUGUGCUGACCGCGGACUUCUGCGAGGGCUUCAAGGUCAACGACGUGGAAGCCAUCAAGGCACAGGGGCUGGCGCUGCAGGACAUAGCCCAGAAACUGAUCCAGGCCUUCGCGGAACAGAUAUUCUACACGGGCUUCAUCCACUCUGACCCACACCCUGGCAAUGUUCUGGUGCGGAAAGGCCCAGACGGGAAGGCGGAGCUGGUGCUGCUGGACCACGGGCUCUACCAGUUCCUGGAUGAGAAGGACCGCUCAGCGCUGUGCCAGCUGUGGCGGGCCAUCAUCCUGCGGGACGAUGCGUCGAUGAAGCUGCAUGCCGCAGCGCUUGGGGUGCAAGACUACUUCCUGUUCUGCGAGGUGCUGAUGCAGCGGCCUGUGCGCCUGGGCCAGCUGUGGCGCUCCCACCUGCUAAGCCGCGAGGAGGCGGCCUACAUGCAGGACAUGGCACGCGAGCACUUCGAAGACAUCAUGAGCGUGCUCAAGGCCCUGCCGCGGCCCAUGCUGCUCGUGCUGCGCAACAUCAACACCGUGCGCGCCAUCAAUGCCUCCCUCGGUGCCCCUGUCGACCGCUACUUUCUCAUGGCCAAGAGUGCGGUCAAGGGCUGGAGCCGCCUGGGGGGCGGCACGUACCAAGGCAUCUACCGCUUCAGCCUCUUACGCCAAAUCAAAGUUGUCUGGGAACUGCUCAAGUUUGAAGUGGCCCUGAGGCUGGAGAUCGUUCUGAUGCGGGUCACAGCCUUGGUGGUCCGCACCCUGGUGCACCUGGGCCUGGUGACUGAGCCCGAGGGCCUCUACGAGUACCUGGAGACCUAGGCCACCCUCCCUGCAGGACAGGAGGACCUUGAAUGCAGCAGGGCUGCCAGCGGCGGCCCAACAGAGCCAGCACUCAGGGCUGGCAGCACAGUGGCUCAGACCCAGGCCCAGAGCAGCUGCAGCCUCGCGCAGCCCGGUGGGACUCAACU